AUGGCAUCAGCGCAAUUCAAUACCGCCGCCGAGGGCCAACAGGCUACCGACGACUACUGCCUUUACAUUUUCCCAUUUUCAAUAUAUUCCAUCAUGGCGCGCGCAACAUUGGCCUUUGGCCAAGCAGCAGCAGCCUCGGCUACAGCCAAGCCCUUGAGCGUAGGGUUAAAGCUGGUCAACCUCCACAGAGAAGAAAACAUCUCGGAAGCAUACCUGAUCGAAAUCAAUGAUAAAGGUCAGGUCCCAGCUCUGACGGGUGGUGCUCUUUCUUCCCCUCUCACCGACAGCUUGGACAUUUCCUUCUUCUUCUGCCAGCAUUACCCAAGUCUUUUGCCAGAGAAGCAAACACCCAUCAUAAAACAGCUUCUACAGAAACUCCAUCAGAUCCAAGUACUUUCACUGUCUGUGCCGUCCAAGGAAGAUCGCGCCGAGGGCGUGCCGUGUCCGACCGUUGACGCCCUGGUGGCCGGCACAGAAAUCAGCCCGAAAUACCGAGACACUCUGCAAAUCAAGCAAAAAUACCAUAAAGAAACGCAGGAAAACGCUCUAACCGACGACAAUGUUCACUUGGCAGAGAAACAAGCUAAAGCUUUGUUUGUCAAAGUUGACAAAAUCAUAUCCACUCCUGCUGACAAGUCAGGCGCACUGCCAAAAUGGAUCUUUGGCGACGCCGUUGGCCCGACAGUUCUUGAUGCUCACUGCACUGCUCUCAUUGCGCGGCUGAUGGACUGUGGAAGACAUGAUCUUAUACCAGGUCGGCUUCAGCAGUAUGCUCAUUCUGUCAUGGCCAGCCCGGGCUGGCAAUCUGUAACUCACGGGCGCUCGACCAUGUGGGACGUCUCUGUUGGGCAUGUUCACCUCCUCAAAGACCUCUGA